UCAUCAAAAGCAAUGGAUUCUAUGGAUGAUCACAACAUGACUAUUGAUCUCUUGGACACUUCAAUGAGAACCAUUGAAGAAGAAGGAAUGAUUGAAGAAGAAGGAAUGAUUGAAGAAGAAGAAGAUGAAGAUGAAGAAGAAGAAGAUGAUGACGAUGAUGAUAAUGGACAAAAAAAAGUGUUAACGAUCGAGGAACUUGAAACGAGGAUGUGGAGAGACCGGAUGCUGCUGAGGAAACUUAAGGAUGAGAGAAAGGAGAAAGAACAAGGGCAAACAGUGGAGAUGAUGAAGAAGAAGGCCUUGACUCGUGCACAAGACAUUGUGCUGAAGAACAUGCUCAAGAUGAUGGAGGUUUGUGAUGUAAGGGGUUUUGUUUAUGGCAUAAUUCCUGAUAAGGGGAAGCCAGUGAGUGGUGCUUCUGAUAACCUUCGUGGUUGGUGGAAGGAAAGGGUUAAGUUUGAUCGUAAUGGUCCUGCUGCAAUGCUGAGGUAUGAUGAAGAAACUGGGUUUGACGACCUGCGUAAUGAAUUCAGUGGAGACCCAUCAUCAGCAUACCGUUUGAGUGAUCUCCCAGACACAACCCUAGGGUCACUCUUGUCAUGUCUGAUGCAGCACUGUGAUCCCCCUCAGAGGAGGUACCCUCUAGACAAGAAUGUUCCCCCACCCUGGUGGCCCACCGGGCUUGAGAUCUGGUGGCCCGAGCUGGGCUUUGCUGUCGACCCAGGCCCACCUCCCUACAGGAAGCCCCAUGACCUCAAGAAGGUAUGGAAGCAGUGCGUGCUGACCGCAGUGAUCAAGCACAUCUCCCCUGACAUCACCAAGAUCAAAAACAUGGUGCGGCUUUCGAGGACCCUUCAGGACAAGCUCACUGCCAAGGAGACUGCUAUUUGGAGUGCUGUUGUGAAACGUGAAGAAACCCUUGCUAGAAGAUUGCACCCUCAUUUGUUCCCAGCCAAACCAAUUAUCAGAAGGCCUCAUCAUGCGAUUCGUGGUUAUGAUAUUGAAGGAAGUGGUGCUCGUGCUAGGAACUUUCUUGGGGGCCAAAGUAGUCAUAACCCACCACCAACUUCCAAUGUUGCUGCUCAUAGUAAUAAUAGUAUGCUUCUAGCAAGUGGAACUGCUAGAAGUUUUCUUGGUGGCCAAAGUAGUCAUAAUCCACAACCAACAAGCAAUGUUGGUAAUGGUGGUGCUAGAAAUUUCUUUGGGGGGCAAAAUUAUCCACCACUUACUAGCAAUGUUGAUAGUGGUGAUGGUAGAAGUUUUCUGGGAGGGCAAAAUAAUCCACCGCCAAUAACUAGCAAUGUGGCUAAUGGUAUUAACAAUAAUAAUAGCAUGGUUACAAUGAACAAUGGCAUUGUUUUGCCACCAGAUCAUGGUGCUAAUAAGAGAAAGGAAGUUCAAGGCAUCACAAUUCCUCAUGAUACCUAUUCCUGCCAUAGCUCUCAGUGCCCUUAUCAUGAAACCAGCUUUGGAUUCAGUGACAUGAAUGUGAGGAACAAUCAUCAGCUGGCAUGCAUAUACAAUAAUGGCAACAACAACAACAACAACAUUGUGCAAGUGGUUGGUGGCGGUGGUGGAGGCUCAAGCUCUUCACAGCUUGGACCUGGAAACCCUAAAAACAAUGUUAAUGUGGCUCUUGGUCAAUCUAUGCACAUUGCUGCACCAGUUGUGAAUCAGACUCAGACUCAGAAUCUUACUAUUGGUCAACCUAGGCAUAGUGCUGCACCAGCUGUGAAUAAUCAAAACCAGACUCUUAAUGUGAUCAGUGACAACAAUAAUUCUGGAGAAAUAGGGUCAAAUGGUUCGAUGCACAACAUGAAUGUUGUUGUUCCUCUAGGAAACCAAAACCAGCAGCAGGUGCAAAAUGUUCUUCAGCCUCAGGUGGUGGACAGCAACAAUUUCUAUGGUGGUGGAAGGGUUUCUUUGGACAAGAAUAAUAAUAAUCUCUUUGGCAACAACAGCAUGAAUAUUAAUAGUGUUCCUCCUCUUCUAGUAUGCCAAAACAUGCAGCAGGUGCAAAGUGUUCAGCCUCAGGUUAUGGACAAGAAUUUCUUUGUUGGUGGAAGGGUUUCUCUGGACAAGAAUAAUAAUAAUCUCUUUGACAACAACAUGAACACUUUUCCCCUUCUAGGAAGCCAAAACAUGCAGCAGGUGCAAAAUGUUCAUGAGCCUCAGGUUAUGGACAAGAGUACUUUCUUUGGUGAAAGGGUUGGUGGUGGUUACAAGCUGAAUAAUGCUGAUCAAGUGCAUGGAGAUUUUUCAACAUCAACAUCAAUGGAUCCUUCUUCCUAUGAUCAAUGGGAUGCAACUAAUAAUUCCCAAUCUGAUUUUAUGGACUCUCCUUUGUUGGCAGCACCGAGCCAGGAUUUCCUUUGGCUAUACAAUUAA